UCUAUAAAUCAAGCUCAAAGUAACAUGUCAAAAAAUAAUAUAAAAUAAAGACACCAAGAAGUCGCAUAGUUUGAGAGUUCCUGUACUCCCAAUUCUACAGAGACAUAAAUUCUGUCAUGUCCUUGAUCAUAUUUCUUGAAUCUAAACAACAAAACACAACUCAAUUCAACGCAAAUCCUUUUUGGUGAUCCGAGAUCAUGGCUGGGAGUUAUAGAAUGUGUGUGUGUUUCACUAGGAAGUUCAAAGUCACAGAGGCUGGCCCGCCUCCCGAUGUCAAUGAAGCUUUCUUCAAGUACACCGAUGGCGGCACCCACAUGUCGGCGGAGCAGCUGCGGCGGUUCUUGAUGGAAGUUCAGGGAGAUGGUGGCGUGUCCAUUGCUGACGCCGAGAAGAUAGUGGACCAGGUUUUGCAAAAGUUGCAUCAUAUUGCGAAGUUUACUAGGCGUACCCUCACUCUUGAUGAUUUUCACCAUUUUUUGUUCUCUGCUGAUCUCAACCCCCCUGUAGGAGAUCAGGUUCAUCAGGAUAUGACAAAACCAUUGUCCCAUUAUUUCAUAUAUACUGGCCACAAUUCCUACCUAACAGGAAACCAACUCAGUAGUGAUUGCAGUGAUGUCCCAAUCAUAAAGGCAUUAAAGAGAGGUGUAAGAGUGAUAGAGCUUGACAUAUGGCCAAAUUCCACUAAAGAUAAUGUUGAUGUUCUACAUGGAAGGACCCUGACUGCUCCGGUGGAACUCAUUAGAUGUUUAAAAUCCAUAAAAGAAUAUGCCUUCUCAUCCUCCCCAUAUCCAGUCAUAAUAACUCUUGAAGACCACCUCACCCCAGAUCUUCAAGUCAAAGUAGCUCAGAUGAUCAACGAAACAUUUGGAGACAUGCUGUACAGUCCUGAAUGUGAAUGUUUAGAGGAGUUUCCUUCUCCAGAAGAGUUGAAGUAUCGGAUAAUUAUUUCAACAAAACCUCCUAAGGAGUAUCUUAAAGCUGAAAGUGGCAAGGACAAGGGGAUUAAGUCUCGAAAGGAUAAGGAUUCUGAUGACGAUACAUGGGGGAAGGAGCCAUUGGAUCUUGUAUCUGAUCAAGAAGAUGGUGAUGUGAGCGAUACUUUUACAAGUGAAGAUAGUGACGGUGAGUCACAACAGCCAGAGGUAUCAGCGUACAAGCGUCUAAUUGCCAUUCAUGCUGGGAAACCCAAGGGUGGAUUAAAAGAGGCACUAAAGGUAGAUCCCAAUAAAGUUAGACGCCUUAGUUUGAGUGAGCAAGCUCUUGAAAAGGCUAGUGAAAAUCAUGGAACGGAUGUUAUUAGGUUUACCCAGAAAAAUGUCUUACGGGUGUAUCCUAAAGGUACUCGUUUUAAUUCUUCCAACUACAAGCCACUAAUUGGUUGGACACAUGGAGCUCAAAUGGUUGCAUUCAAUAUGCAGGGUUAUGGUAGAUAUCUUUGGCUGAUGAAUGGGAUGUUUAGGUCAAAUGGGGGAUGUGGUUUUGUGAAGAAACCGGAUUUCUUGAUGAAAGGGGGUCCGCAUGGUGAAGUUUUUAAUCCUAAAACCAAAUUCCCAGUAAAGAAAAGUUUAAAGGUGAAAGUAUACAUGGGUGAUGGAUGGCACUUGGAUUUCAAACCGACUCAUUUUGACUCAUAUUCCCCACCAGAUUUCUAUACCAGGGUCGGCAUUGCAGGAGUGCCAGGUGAUGCUAUCAUGAAGAAAACAAAAAUAAAAGAGGACAACUGGACACCUGUUUGGGAUGAGGAAUUUAUAUUUCAGUUGACUGUUCCUGAACUAGCUUUACUACGAGUUGAAGUUCAUGAGUAUGACAUGUCUGAGAAGGAUGAUUUUGCUGGACAGACUUGUUUGCCUGUCUCUGAACUGAGACCAGGAAUCCGUGCAGUACCCCUUUUUGAUCGCAAGGGAGAGAAAUUAAAUUCAUCGAGGCUUCUCAUGCGCUUUGAGUUUGUCCAAGAUUGACUUCAUCAAGUUUUCAUUCCACGUAUAUAUUUCAGUUGAGUUCUUUCAUCCACGGUUUUGCAUUUAUGCUAUUGCUAUGUAUGUAUUCUUCAAAACUGUUAUGAACUAAUCAUGAUCUGUAUUUUCUUCCUUUUAAUGACUAAGAUUUAUGUACUUGUUUAUCACAA